ACGAAAACUCAUUGAUGUAUCUUCACUUUCUCAUCCUAGUGAUUGUUUCUCCCCUUUUCUUCAGCUGCAUCGGCGUGUUUGCUGAAACCAACACUCUGAAUCAAUCCGACUCACUCAACUUCACCAGCCUCUUGGUUUCCAACAACAAGAAUUUCACCUUAGGAUUCGUCAAACCUGUUACCUAUAGAAACAAAACUUACUUAGCAAUUUGGAAUUCCAAGUACAGGUCACCUUCAUCUCCAGUUUGGAUAGCCAACAGAGACAACCCAAUCACUAAUGGUUCUGCAACUUUGUUCAUAGACAACACCGGAAAGUUUGUGAUCAAUCAAACUCACGGGGACCCAAUUCAACUGUGCCCUGGCCAAACCACCACAAGCAACAACACAAAGGCUGUCUUGCUGGACAAUGGGAAUCUCGUGCUGACAGAAGUGAAUUCCGAUGGAUCUGUCGGAAGAAUCUUGUGGCAGAGCUUUGAUUGUCCCACGGACACUCUGUUGCCUGGCAUGAAACUAGGUAUGAAUCAUAGAACAGGAAGGAACUGGUCUCUCACCUCAUGGCUGGCUUCUAAUGAUCCAUCUUCCGGAGCUUUUACACUCGAAUGGGACCCUCAUGGCUUAGAGUUGAUCCUUCGACGUCGAGGGGUUGUUUUCUGGACCAGUGGGGCCUUGAGAAACAUCAGCGACGGCGAUCUUGAUGCUGGAAUGACCUUCGGAAACAUAGGCCGAACCUACUAUCAUAUACAAUCUUAUAAGAUGAUGUAUGCCAGAACUUCAGAUGAAGAGUUCUUCAACUAUUCGUUGAAACAAGACCCCAAGGAUCCUGUGGUUCAUGAAAGCAUAGAAUGGAGCAUAGAUUACGAUGGUACUUUCUGGUUUGAGAAUGUGGGUGUCCCGUUAAGGUAUUAUUGUUAUGGGUACAAGACAGAUGACGAUGAAGGAUGUGCAGAAUGGGAACAACCUCAGUGUAGGAGUUACAAUACAACGUUUCAGUUGUUGUCUGGGUCCUUUGUGAACAAGAGUGAUGGAAAAUUCAUUGAUGGUCAUCAGGAAAGCGUUGGUCCUGCUGAUUGUAGAGUUAGUUGCUGGAAUGAGUGCGAUUGUGCGGCAUAUCAGAAAAUGGGCACGUUGCGUUGCGUCAAGUAUGACCAAGAAGCAGAGUUUCGACCUGAUCCAUCUGGGGAUUCGCCACAGUUUUAUGUUAUCCAACAACCACAUAAUAAUACAGAAGCACAAAGGAACAGUAAGAAAUGGAUUGCAAUUUCAGUUCCUAUCGCAAUAUUGUUGUUGUUAGCGUUUGUCACAGUUAUCAUCUUUUAUUGGAGAUGGAAAACAAAAGGAAGAAAGGAGGACCCACUACAUGAAUUGAUGACAGCAACUGAUAAUUCACACAAUCUUGAUGAGCUAGGAUAUGAUAAUGCUUUUGCUCAGCGUUUGAAAAUGUUCAGCUUUAUGUCUAUUGUUGAAGCCACAGAUAACUUUUCUCCACAAAAUAAGCUUGGACAAGGUGGUUUUGGCCCUGUGUACAAGGGAAAAUUACCUGAGGGGUUAAAAAUUGCAGUGAAAAGGCUAUCAAAAAGUUCAGGACAAGGAUUAGUGGAGUUUAAGAAUGAGUUAAUACUCAUAGCAAAGCUACAACACAUGAAUCUAGUUCGUUUGCUUGGAUGCUGCAUGCAACCUGAGGAGAUGAUGUUGAUUUACGAAUACAUGCCUAACCGAAGCUUGGACUGCUUUCUCUUUGAUGCAUCGAAGAGGAAUGUGUUAAAUUGGCAAAUGAGAGUGAUGAUCAUUGAAGGGAUUUCACAAGGACUACUUUACCUUCACCAGCAUUCAAGAUUAAAGAUCAUACAUAGAGACCUUAAGGCUAGUAACAUAUUACUUGAUGCGGAUAUGAAUCCUAAAAUUUCUGACUUUGGAAUGGCAAGAAUUUUCAAGCAGAAUGAACUUAUUGCCAACACAAACAAGAUUGUUGGGACAUAUGGAUACAUGUCUCCUGAAUAUGCAAUGGAUGGAUUAUUCUCUAUAAAAUCAGAUAUUUUUAGUCUUGGCGUCAUGAUCCUUGAAAUUUUAAGUGGCAAGAGGAAUAACAGCUUUUAUGAUGUUAAUAAGCAUAUGAACCUAGUACAAUAUGCUUGGGAUUUGUGGCAAAAUGGAGUUGGCCUGGACCUAAUGGAUCCAAUGUUAACUGAUUCAUGUUCCAGGCAACAAUUUCUUAGAUUUAUUCAAAUAGGUCUUUUAUGCGUAGAAGAAUCUCCAGCAGAUAGACCAACUACUCGAGAAGUUAUUUCUAUGAUCACAAAUGAAAAUGCUAUUUUGCCGUUAGUGAAGAAACCUGCAUUUACAAAUUUAAAUGAUGUUGCCGAUACAAAUGGUCAAAGCAAUGACUUGGAAUACCAUUCCAUCAACAAUGUGUCAAUGUCUACCAUGAAUGGAAGAUAGAGGGGCAAAUAGGAACAACUACUUGCAGAUUGUCGAAGAAAUCUCAUAACUUCAACGCCUGCAACCAACCUGUAAAAUUGCUUGCGUUACAUUUUAGACACAGCUAAAUGCUUGAAAUUACACUUAAAUGCCUCGUAUUUUAAAUUUUUAAUGGUCUCUAUAUAUUUGCUUCACUGGAUUUAAAUUGUCUGUAACUGUUUCAGAGGAUCCAUUAUUAAAUGUUCCAUGUUCCCCAACAAAAUCUGUCUGUACAGGAGUGCCGUGAAAUUUGAUAUUUUUAAGGUCAUUCUUUACUGUAAAAACUCUUGAGAGAUCCUUAAAUAAUAUUUUUCUCAAUUUCUUAAGGAAGGAGAUGGAGCUGCAACUUGCAAUGGUCUCAUUCGAGGCACACGUAGAAAUUGGAUAAAAGAUUUUUCGGAUGCCAUACAAACGCUAGAGCCAAGUUACUGAGUUUUC